CGCCCUCUGUUUACUUUUCGUACUCCACAUUGUUGUUCCGUUCCUCAUUGUUCCAUUGUUCCCUACGUACCCUUCCUGCAGUGCUCCGACAGACCACACUUGCCCAGCGUUUAAACUUACUCGUGUAGCAAAACACGCGCAAAAUAGCAGCAUUUCUCCUGUGCGUUUGCUGUCGUAGUCACCGCGUUGAUGCAAUCGGUUUCUUUCGCCGCGACGGCGUUUUGUCUGUGCGAGGAAAGGAGAACGCUAGGGCCAUGCAGAUUGUGCGAAGCUCGCGGAUAUCAUCCAGGAAAAGUGUGCACCGAACAAACGUACACGGCAGUUUGAGUAAACGGCCUUCCUUCCCUCAUGUUUUUCUUUUCCCCUUCUUAUUCUAUCGUCACGGAGGUCAUUGGAAAGAUGUUGCAUAGCGUAAGCGUGGUAGCGUAGACGCAUACGGGAAGUCGUUUUUGGCAGCAGGAGUCGAAUGUGUUUGGCGACUCCGUGUGACGCUGUGAUCGACCAUAACGCUUUAAAUACGUACCUCUGUACGAGUACAUCUCUUCCAGAAAAAAAAAAAAAAAGUUGUGCAAAUAUGUACCGUACCAAUGGCAACGUUUGUGCGACGAUUAAGUGGGGACGAGACGGCCGGAAUACAGUUGGGGUGGGGGGGGGGGGGGGGCGAUCUGAAUGAAAUAUUUGUGUGCUUUGAUUGAACACAUUGUCUCAAGAGGUCGCCACCAGCGCUUGCCCUUGAGUACGCGCCUUCCUGUGCACGUCUAUGCCAGUACGUCUGCUCAGUUCGGAUGACGAAGUAUUCAUUUUUUCCUUAAAAUCUGGAAAGGGGCUUCCUUCAUAUGCUUUCGAUUAGCUCUCUCUAUCUCUCUCUCUCUCUCUUUUCGUUUUUCUUUUUUUUUUUUCCGGACACUGACAUUGUGUGGCGGGAGCGGAAAUAAUCUCCUGCUAUUAGGGAAGUGUCUCGCUCAUAAUGCGAUGGUGUUAGUGCUAGAGUCGUUCAGUCGAAAAAUACGACGCCACACACGAAAACAAUGGUACAAUUUUAUAUACAGCAAAUAAUACUGUAGCGAUUCUCUUUUAUCGGCAAAUAUUUGCCUCAAAAUUUCGCGGAAAAACGUCAACAUCGAGAAAUACAAUACCACAGUGCACCAAAAGGUAGCAGAAGGCUCAUAAAAUGAAGCUACAAACAGAAAGCUAAAAAUGAAAACGACUGAAUGCAUUUCGUGCACUGGAUGUCCAGGGUAACUUUUACGUAGAUGCUUGUUUUCGCGUUCAAACGUAACAGCCGAGCUGGACUUUAUGUUUUGUCUAUCUUUCGUCAGGUCUGAAGGCAACAUCUGUCGAAGUAAUAUAUGGGGUAAUUGUGUGUAAAUACGACUGCUAUAUCGCCGCACUUAUCCGUAAAUGUGGCUCUUGUGAAGCUUUCUCCGGCAGAUGUUACCUUUAAACGUUAUGAAAAAUGAAAAAUCGGAACUAGCACGGCAGUUUCCAUUGUUAGCGUGACAGCAAGACUGUUUGCUGUUGCGAGGAUACGAGUUCUUUUAUAAAGGUUACCGUGAUGAAGAAUAAGAUGGCUCGUAUUAUUUUUUUUUUUUCGUAUCUUUUUUCGGGGGGGGGACAAAGACGUUACUGUACAGCCGUGAAGGACGCGAACAAACGUCUUGAGAAUGUAGUACGCCAACCAUGCCGGGGUGAGGGCGUGGCCGUCGGUUUGUUCUGGUGGCAGUGCGGUACUUGUUUCGGAGUUUACUUCCUGCUGGCUUCUGGGAAGCAAUUGGCCGGCCGCAAGCUAGUUCUCGAAGCAUAUGUUUUUUUCGCCUCCUGUUCGUUUCGCGCCUUUUCGUGUGUAGAGUGCCUCGGUAGAAGCACCUAAAGCAAGGCUUUAUCGAGGCUUCCCGAUGUGUUUGUCGCGCCGUGUCAACCCGCUAACACCUGGACAGACGCCUGCCUGUUUCUGACCCUUUGUUUCUUUGAAAAAUGGAAUAAAUGUAUUGUUUUGUGGUGUUGACAUCCGUCUUUCUUCGUAUAUCUUUCAGGGCGCGUUUAGUUUAGAGGAAGGUAAGCGGGAGCAAGAGCUAGGGAAGUAAGGGGGGGGGGGGGGGGGGAGGGUGCUGCACUUGAGCAGUUGUUUAAUACGUUAGCAUACUGUACCAUUCACUCGUCGGGUUCGAAACGGCGACCACUGGCGGACGCCUUAAUCCAAAGGCGUCCGCGCUAUCUUAAUUAAAAUCGGCCGAACGCCAAUCUGGACACCGCACCGUCCGAAAGCGGCGGCGAUGCGCGUUUUGAGCCGCAGGCAGGAAAGGUGAGUAGGUACGUCAGAGGUCACGUGAGGGAGUGGAGUCAGCUCCAAAGAGUGGAGCAGGCGAAGCGGAUUGAUGGGAGAGGAUGAGGUGCGCUGGUGGUGGAUAGACGGAAGGAAAGAACAAGGAAACGAUUCCCGUGAAGUCGUGGGUGGAGUUUCAUACUGAGGUCGGCAAACAAUCGUCGAAUGAUAAAAGAUGCGCUAUUGCCGAUGUAUUAAGCAGGCGAUCAAGUGUAGCAAGAUUUCAUUUUCUUUUUCAAUUAUGGUGUACAAGACGUGGGCGCUUUAUAUCAUCCCUUAGCGAAGGUGAACCAGACAGCGACACAAGUGAGUCACGAAAACUAACUCUUUAUUGGGCGAACUUGAGCCCAGAAAAGCAACACGCUGAGCAGAACUAUAACGGCGAGCGUAUACUCGUCGGUCGUCGAAAUUUUCAUCUCCGGGUCAAGCGCGUCGGCUAUAUGUAGGCGACUCGUCGUACAAUCCAGCGUAAUAGUCGGCGCUCGCGUGCGCGUUCCAGAAUGUGCAACACCAUUCGCGUCGCGCAUUCAAUCGGAUCGGACUAAUUUCGGUGACAUCAUUCGAGAAAGUACCGAUACACGAAAGCGCGCCACCGCCGUGGCGGCUUAGCAGAUAUGGCGGUAUACGCUGCUAUAAGCACUUGGUCGCAGCCGUUUCAAAUGUCGGUCGCAUUUCGGCGGGGGCGAAAUUGAAAAAAAAAAAAAGAAGAAACGCCCGUGUACCGUGAAUUGGUAUCGCGGUAAACAACCCUCAAGUGGUCAAAGUUAUUAGAGAGCUUUAGGUUAGGGGACGCAAUCGGCUUGCGUACGCAAGAACUAGGGGCCAUGGUAUUGCGCGUACGCAGACCUCCACGUCUCGGUCUGCGCAUGCGCAGCACCGUCGUAGCUUGCGUCACCUAACCUAAACCUCUCUAAUCUGGAGCCGCCUCUAAGGCGUGCCUCGUAAUCAGGUCAUUCGUUUUGGUACGGAAAACUCCGUAAUUUAAAUAAUAGGCGCCCCUGUCGCUGCGCGAUAACGUAACAUUUGUUAAGUGGAGAAAAAAACGGUCAAGCCGGAAAAAGAUAAUCAAGUACGCCUGUGAAUAUGAAAGAUCGGCAGCAGCCUAUUUGACAAGCACCACAGGACAAUCGCCUCUCUCCGAGGGCCGCAACUUUUCUAAUGAUAUCAAAUGUGCAUCGAUUUUAUUAUUACUAUUAUUAUUAUUAUUAGUAGUAGUAGUAGUUGUAGUAGUAGUAGUAGUAGCACUAGCAGUAGUAGUAUAGGAGACCGGAAAACACCGCUUGGUAUCUGGUUACGAAAGGAGAUUUUCUUUUCUUUUUAUUUUUCUUUUUUUUUUUUUAGAAGUUGCAGACUCCAGCGGCUUGCUUACUCUGAAGGGGCUAUAUGGUAUCCUGUAGUAGUAGCUUGUUCAGAAUUGCCCAAGCGCAUAACCUGAAUACACUUGGUACACAAAGCCGAUAGGGUCCGCUAGCUUUCAGUUGACUUUCCUAAAGCUUACUAACAUCAAAGCCAAGACACCCGUGUGCCACAACGGCCUCGUUUGGUCCAUUAUAGUGUCAAUACAUGACACUAAUUGCAGCACCACCUUCGACGAUCGUCAUCGCGAGUCAUUUAUUUAUUUAUUUAUUUAUUUAUUUAUUUAACAUACUUUCAAGGCCAAAGGCAAUACAGAAAGGAGUGUGUGAAUAUGACAGAAAACUUGCGCAAGAUACACAGACAUACAUGAUCACCUCCCCAUGAUCAUUAGCGAGUCUCUAAUCGGAGCGUCCACGCUUUCGUCCCCGCCUGGGCUGGGCGCGGCAGUCGCCGUUAAUUCUGCUGGCCAUUCGUCUUGUCCAAUUACCGUACGGACGACGAUAUGCACUCCUUAGGCCGUCGUCAGUUCUUCCCUUACACUUAUACUGCAUUUUCUACUGCUGCUGAGGUCAACUACCGUUGCCAUUCGUGUCGCCCUUGCGACCGCAGCAGUUGGGCCCGUACGUUCGUCGUAAGCGCACAGUGCCGGUUUUUGACACAAUCGAUUAUUGUUACCAUCAGUACACAGCUGCUACUCCGGCAAGGCAAGAGAGAGAGAGGGGGGGGAAGCGGGAAGAUAGAGAUGGUGGAGGAGGUGAAACAUAGCGUGAAGGUCUACCCAGAACCUUGUAUAGACCUGUGCUGCCUAAGUUGAUAGACCAUAUGCGGUUAUCACCCGGCCAAUGCAUGCAAGAUGUACAAAGCUGGGCUGCUGCUCUUGUCCGUCGACUCGACAGCCAACCGCUGUCAGAUGACGGCAUACUGGGCCCAAUUGGCGGGAUCGUAUACCUAGUUUUCAGGACCCCCAUCCGAGCCACCAUGGAGGAUGCAGAGGAAACUCGGUUUCGAGAGUUCUCGUACCACUCGAUAGUGUGCAUUGUGAUUGCGCAAAAGCAGAGCAUACAAAAGACUCCCGUUAGGACGAACCCGGUUAAUCCGAAUAUUCGGAUAUUCCGAAUACUGCAAGAACGUUCGAUUUGCUUCUCGCGGAAGGAAAUAAAGUCCAUGUAAAAAAAAAAACCGCCCAUUCGGUUAAGCCUAACCUCCUCAGCCGUCACACAAUGCCUUCAACUAGACUCACUGUGAGGUCUGAAGUUAUCACUCCGAGCAAAGGGUGUUUCUGUGCGCAUAAACAGCUACGCCAGUGUGUCUAACGAUGUGCACAUUUGGCAUCAUAGAAACACAUAAUUGAGGACGUCGUCGGCAUAAAAAGAAGGAGUUUCCUACAAAAAUUACCGGAGAUAACUCUCGCACUUCUAUCGUUCGGCUACAAGGGGAACGAAGGUUAGUAUAUUUCGUACUUAUGGCUUCAAAAGUUGUGGUGACGCUAUUUAUUACUAUUUGUCUUUCUAAAUGUUCGAAAAGUGCCAGGCUACUAAUCUCCCGGCACUCUUUUUCAUGUCUCGUAUAUAGGCUUUCUUUUAGGCUUGAGAAAAAAAUAAUUGCACAACACGUAUUGAGCAACAGAAAGCUGGAUCGUGAAUUUUUCCGGAUGGUCUACAAGUUUCUCAUGGCAAAUUUGCUCUGAUUAUCUGAGAAAUUAAUUAAUUAAUAAUAACUUAUAAUGUAAUUAGGGGAAAGGAAAAAGGAAAGAUAGUCUCGCUUGGUCCAAGCGACGGUAAAUAACAUUACCGUAGUUCUUUCCAGCUACGUGGCACUUGCAUAACUUCUUUUUUAAAUUUUGACACAAGUUACGUGGGACACACGGUAUAUUUUAACAUUGCAAAACCAUAAUUAGUUUUUCUUUUUUUUUGGGGGGGGGGGGGGGGUGCGACAGGAAGGUGUCGGUGGUUGUGCUCACUAGGAAGGUGUCCUGUGUUGAAAUGUAAGAAAGAUUCGAGAGAAAGAAAAGGUCAUUUUUGGCCAAAUAUCUAUUUAAGGAAACACUCUUCGGUCAGAAAGUUCGGAUGUAGGCACUACGCUGAACCGCUCAUAAAUAUUGUCGCAGUUAAUGAACAACAAAACAGCAGCAACAAUGUGUAGCGAUGACUGCCGUUUUUUGAGUAUUCGAUGCAGUGUCGUUGCCCCAAACAAGGGAACAGUCGCUCAAACAUGAAAAUAAGAAAGUCUUUAUACAGCCUAGCUUAGUCUUGACAGGUAAUGCAUGCCUAUGCCAGAAGUGACAUCGACACCACGAGAAAGGGUGUGGCAAACUUGUGUGACAUGGGCAUUCCAAGAAAGUGUGGAGGCCAGGUGACUAUAGGGAGAAAGUUGAACAAGGGAUUAAAUUCUUGAAAUUCUUGAAAAGAAAAAGAAAAAGCACGCAACGUGACUCUCUGGUCACUAAAUUAAAUUUCAUUACUCCAUAAUUACGAGGACCGGCGGCAGAAAAGUACACAAAGGACCGUCAUACCACGUUGAUUUUGUUGAGAUCUAUUCUACCACAAUUCGGCACGAAAUUAUGCAACUUUGACACAUUUAUUGACAGUCCGUCACAAUUCCUGACUCAAGGGGCCUUCAAACUAAAAUGCUCGGAGAAGUGAACGUCCGGGCCCCUGUCUCAACGGCGCCGCAACUCUGACGCAAUAAAAACAAAUAUUUAGUGGCAGGGUACUCAACGCCCCGAGUUAUGUGUUGCACACAGUGCCGCCUUCCGCGGCCUUCCCGUGUCCUAGCGGUGCUCUUCACCCUCUCUUUCCCUAGACGGCGUGGAGUGUCUUUAAAUAUAGCCGAGCGCGCGCCAGCACCGGCGAGGAAAACGAAAAGCAAGAACGGCCGACUCACAGAGCGAGAAAAUUAAGGAACAAAAAAAAAAUACAAUCAAGCUUGAAGGGCCAAGGUCGAUGACGCGAAUAGACGGCUUGUGCUGCUGUUUACCUCGCUAACAGCUCCGGGACGCGGCUCUUGUGAUCUUGAAAAAACGGGCGUCCCUGUUAAGGGUAACAAAAGAAAGACGGUUGGGAGGAAAUAUUUUUUUGCCUACGGAAGUGGAGAGAAGUCGUACGAGAGAGAGAGAGAGAGAGAGAGAGAGAGAGAGAGAGAGAGAGAGAGAGAGAGGUGUCGGCGUUUGAGCGCCGAGUUGUGAGGACUCUUCUCGGGGUUCGGCGGUCCACAACCGACUCGGAUGGAAAACUUGCCGUUCAACUGGACGUGCGUGAUUGUUGUCCCGGUGUUCGGACUUCGCGUCGUCCUGGAUUAGCUAAAGGAGUGCUUCUAGCCUUACGCUGAGUCCGAGGAACUACAAACCAAGGUUCAAGCUCCGCCGCGCGCUCGAGCCCCGGUAUGCCUCGCCGUCCGGUCGUGGGCUAUUGGAACGUGCGCGGCCUGGGCCAGUACAUCCGCAACCUGCUCGUGUACAAGGGCGUCGCCUUCGAGGACAAGCUGUACCGGUUCGGCCCGCCGCCGGACUUCGACCGCUCGCACUGGCACGGCGAGAAGUUCUCGCUGGGACUGCAGUUCCCGAACCUACCCUACUACAUCGACGGCGACGUCAAGAUCACCCAGAGCUUGGCCAUCAUGCGCUACCUGGCCAGAAAGCACGACCUAGGCGCCAGGAACGACGAGGAAACCCUGCAGCUGGACUUCCUCGAGCAACAGUCCAGAGACUUGGCUUGGGGAUUGGCUAUGACUGCUUUCAACCCGACUUUCGAUGAGGCCCGGAAGAAGUACGAGGAGAACCUGGUGAACGUGCUCAAGCCGUGGGCCGACCAUAUGAGGGACUGCACGUGGGCCUUGGGCGACAGGCUCACCUACGUGGACUUUCUGCUCUACGAGGCCCUAGACUGGAACCACGAGUUCAACGCGGACGCGUUUGCCGGCUAUCCGGAGCUGCAACAGUACCUGAUGAGAUUCGAGGAGCUGCCCAACAUCAAGGAGUACUUUGCCUCCGAGAACUACAGCAAGUGGCCCAUUCUUGGACCCAUGGUUAAGUGGGGUCACUUCAAAGAGUGACUACUUGACUUCGCGUCCUAGUAUCGCCCAUUUACCGUGACUUUUUCUGUUUGUUUGUGUUUUUAAUUACGUUUUGUUGGGACGCCGCCUUAGUUCUGGCGUACUGUCAAUACACGAACAAUUGUAUGAACU